UCGCGGAUAAACAACAGAAACUUUCGAGCUUUCCUCCAGAGUAGACUCCUGUUCUCUAACCGGGUUCAAUCGAUAGAGCAUCCCAGAUUGUUGAGUGUUUUGUCGUUUCCACUAAAUUGGGCAAUUGCAGUUUUUUCUUGUGAAGUGAAAAGCCGGAAAAUUCGUGAAAUGACUCUUCCGCUCCUUCUUAGUUUGGCCGACGAGUUGGAGACCCUUUCUACGCGUUCAUAUGCUGACGAUUUCGGGUUUGGAUUGUAUCCGCAUCGCCAUUACCAUGCAUAUGGGCCCCGGAACCAUGGAUGGCUACAAAGACACCACAAAAUGGACAGUGACCGGCCCCUGACCAAAAUCGAAAAGGACGGUUUCCAGGUGACCAUGGACGUGCAGCAGUUCAAGCCAGAGGAGCUAACAGUCAAAGUCGUUGGCGACUUUAUUGUUGUCGAGGGCCAGCAUGAGGAGCGUGAGGACGAGCACGGAUUCAUUUCGCGACACUUUGUGCGCCGUUACGCCCUUCCCAAGGGUUACGACUCCGAGCAAAUCGCCUCGACUCUGUCUUCAGAUGGUAUCCUGGCCAUCAAAGUUCUACCCGCAACAUCGGAAAGCUCCAAAGAACGCGUGAUUGAGAUUCAACAGACAGGAGUAUCGCAUUUCGGCAUUAAGGACAACGAUAGUGUCGAGGACGAACAGAACGACGCUAGCGAAUAAAGCAAUUUAAAUGCGCAAUUUUUGAAAACAAAUAUUGGCAAGCCAUGACCUUCCGUGGCGUAAGCUUUUGCAUUAGAUACUCGAACUUAUUUAUAUGUAGGGCGAGUGCUCCCGGAUGGGAGUCUUCCGCCUUUGGGUUAGAUUGAGGUAACCAAAUGUAUUGUUUACUAUGUAGAGCUUGUACUCAUCCACUUUCAGAUAAAUAACAAAGAAAUAAAAUGCUUGUACGUUAA